GGGGAAGAUUGUAGAGGAGCGAGAUGUCGCCGGGCAGAGUGUGGGGGAGGGUCGGGGCUCUGUCAGGUGCCCUGGCCGUCAGUCUGGGAGCCUAUGGAGCCCAUGGAUUCAGACGCAGUGACCGCGAUGAUCACCUGAAAGAGCUGUUUGCCACUGGGAACCAAUACCACUUCCUGCACAGCCUGGCCCUACUGGCCGUACCGCACUGCAGGCGCCCCCUGCUGGCGGGAUCUCUGAUGACAUCGGGAAUUGUUCUGUUCUGUGGGACGUUCUAUUACCAUGCCGUGUCUGGGAACCCCGCUCUCACUAAGGUUGCACCUUAUGGGGGCACCCUGCUGAUCCUCGGGUGGGCUGCCAUGGCCCUCUGAACAUUCGGGACUCAUCCCUAUCCCGGGAUUCCUACGUU